CCUGUGGGCAGUAACAGCAGUUGGAUGUCCGCUAUGUUGCUGUGGCGGGGGUCACGACCGGACUUUCGGGGUCUUUCCCCCCCAUAGCUCAGGUUGCGCAGCGUGUUUUCUCCCAGGGCUCGUGGGUCCUGUGGUUGCGGACGCACCUAAGACCGCAAGCUCCCACCCCAACCAUGUCCACAGCGGAGGCCGCGGCGGCCGACGCCGCCGAGGCGGGCGGCAGGAUGAAGACCGGCAGUCCCCGCACGAUCCCGGUGUUUGGGGUGGCGAUCCCGGAUGGGGAGAUGCAGGGUAUUUUCAAGCCUAUGGACCUUAAUCGUAUCAUCAAACUCCUGGAAGAGGAUGAUAAGGAUGUCUCAGAAGAAAAACAACUUAUCUAUAUCAAGAAACUGAUACACUGUUAUCAGAAUGGAUUUCCUCUAAGAGAUUUGGCCCAGAUAUUUAAGAUUCUGAGUCUGUGUGCAGAAAAAAUUGAAAGGCAGCCCAGUUUUGUAGAACCUGCAUCUGACAUCAUAAAAUUGUGUGGCUUGCCAUUUUUGAAAAAGAAAGUAUCGGAUGAAAUAACUUACACUGAAGAUACUGCUAAUUCAUUUGCACUUCUGGGUGAACUGAUGAAAAUACCAAGUUCUGCAUUGAGGAUACAGAUUUGUAAAUGUAUUGUUGACUUCUAUCAUGCAGAACCACUAAAGAAACAAAUUCCAGGCUACCAGCAGGUUAGCUCAUCAUAUAAGAUUAAAAUGGUAGAGGUUGGUGGAUUGGCAAAAGCAAUGGUCCAGUCAGCGCUCCUGCUUGAGAAUCAGCUUGUUGAGAAACUCUGGGUUCUUAAAGUUCUGCAGCAUCUCUCCACCUCUGGGGUUAAUUGCACUUUAAUGGUGAAAGCCCAGGCAGCCAGCAGAAUCUGUGCUCACCUCAAUGACCCAGAUCCCUCAGGACAGCUUUUAUUUCGUUCCUCAGAAGUACUUUGGAAUUUACUGGAAAAAUCUUCAAAGGAGGAAAUUAUUCAACAGCUUAGUAACUUGGAAUGCCUGCUGGCUUUGAAGGAAGUAUUUAAAAACCUAUUUGUGAGGGGGCACAGUCACUAUGAGCGUCAGCUUAGAAAUGACAUAUUAGUUAUCACCACAAUUAUAGCUCAGAACCCUGGAGCGCCGAUGAUUGAAUGUGGCUUUACCAGGGAUUUGAUACUAUUUGCAACUUUUAAUGAAGUGAAAAGUCAAAACCCUUUGGUAAAAAGUCUUAAGCUUUUUAAUUGCUAUGAAGAUUUUGAACUGAAGAAAUUGCUAUUCAAUAUAAUUGUGAUCUUAUGUAAAGAUUUAACUACUGUGCAGCUAUUAAUCGAUGGCAAAGUUAUUUUGGCUUUGUUGACCUAUGUAAAAAAGCCUGAGAGACUCAAAAUCAUCGAGUGGUCCGCAGCACAGUAUGAAGAACUACAACUGCAUGCGAUUGCCACCUUGUCCUCGGUGGCUCCUCUGUUGAUAGAAGAGUACAUGUCAUGUCACGGCAAUGCUCGGAUCCUUGCGUUUCUAGAAUGGUGUGGGCAUGAGGAUUCCUACUUCAUUCAUGGUAACAGUUUCCAUGGUACAGGUGGCCGUGGAAACAAGUUUGCCCAGAUGCGUUACACUUUACGACUCCUCAGAGCCAUGGUUUAUCUUGAGGAUGAGACUGUGAACAAGGACCUUUGUGAACGAGGGGUUAUUCAUCAACUGAUAGAAAUUUUUAAAACUAUGAUGAGCAGACCUGCUGAGAAGGAAGAGGCCAUUGCCUUAGAAAUCCAGUCUGACACAUUACUUAUUCUGUCAGGCCUUUGUGAAAAUCAUAUCCAAAGGAAGGAAAUGUUUGGAACUGAAGGAGUUGACAUAGUUCUUCAUGUAAUGAAAACAGACCCCAAGAAUUUACAGAGAGGUUUAGGCUACAAUGUCCUUCUUUUCAGUACAUUGGACAGCAUUUGGUGCUGCAUUUUGGGGUGUUAUGCUUCUGAGGAUUAUUUUCUUGAAAAGGAAGGGAUUUUUCUCCUUUUGGAUAUACUGGCAUUGAACCAAAAAAAAUUCUGUAAUCUGAUUCUUGGAAUAAUGGUUGAAUUUUGUGAUAAUCCCAAAACUUCUGCUCAUGUCAAUGCUUGGCGUGGGAAGAAAGACCUGACUGCUGCCAGUCUCUUAAUUAAACUGUGGAGAAAAGAGGAAAAAGAGCUGGGAGUAAAACGUGACAAGAAUGGCAAGAUCGUUGAUACAAAGAGACCUCUAUUUACAAGUUUUCAAGAAGAACAAAAGGUCAUGCCCCUUCCUGCUAACUGCCCAUCCAUUGCAGUUAUGGAUGUUGCUGAAAAUAUCAGAGCAAAAAUUUAUGCUGUGUUGGAUAAGCUAGAUUUUGAAAAUUUACCAGGCUUAUCUGCUGAAGAUUUUGUCACCCUCUGUAUAAUACAUAGAUACCUUGAUUUUAAAAUUGGAGAAAUAUGGAAUGAAGUAUCUGAAGAAAUAAAGCUGGAAAAGUUGAGACUAGUCAUGGCAGAUGAAAAAUCUUUGCGCUCUAUUAUAUCAGCAACAGAAAAUAUUGGAAAGAUGGUUGCUUCCUUGCAAAGUGAGAUGAUCGAAAACCAAGCCCUCCAGGACGUGCAGAAUGAACAAAGAGUAUAUGCAAAGAUACAAGCUACACAUAAACAGAGAGAGCAGGCUAACAAGUCAUGGGAAAACUUCUUGGCUAGAACAUCAAAUAUUAAAACAUUAAAGAAAGCAAAGAGGCUUCAAGAAAAGGCUAUAGAAUCCUCCAAAUACACUGAACGACCACGAAAUGCAAUAUUCCAUCAAACAGUUAUUAAAGGCCUUAACACAACGGUACCUUCAGGACGGGUGGUGACAGUGGAAAGCACUCCCACCCGACUACUGGGAGGACCUCUGGCUGACACGGACAUUGCUCUGAAAAAGCUGCCUAUUCGAGGAGGGGCCUUGCAGCGGGUGAAAGUGAAGCCCCUGAACGACCCUAAAAAGAGCAUCCCUACCUGACAUGUUCCACAGCUCCUGAAAUAAAUUCUACCUGCAGCAU